ACCACUUCCGACACAAUGGACGCGGCGGCGCGCGACGUUGCCAAACCGCUGCGCCGCUGCACGACUCGGGAUACUCCGUGCGCAUUGCGCGACGCCAUCUUGUCUUGGCCUCGCGUCCACUCGCUCGACCGGUCGCCACAUUUCGCAAUCACACGAAAAUCUUGCCAAAUGGCGACAAUUUUAGAGAACUUCGAUACAGAAAGGUUUAUUAAAGAAAUAAAGAGCAGACCUGCGAUAUGGGACAAAAGUUGUGACGGAUAUUCGAACCGCGAACUGAAGAAACAAAGCUGGGCCGAGAUUAUGCGGAUAUUUGGUGGAGACGACAUGUCGCCGACCAAGCGGAGAUUUAUGCAAAUUACCUUGCAAAUGAAAUGGAAAGGCAUUCGCAAUUGCUUCAGCCGAGAACUAAGGAGACAACGCAAGUUGAAAGCCGGCAUAGAUCCCGGAGCAAGGAAAUCAGAGUACACACACUUCAAACAAAUGCAGUUCUUGCGUGACGUUAUCAAGACUAGAUCCAGAAUCGCCGAAAAUAUAGUUAUUGAACAACCGGCUAAGUCGAGUAUUAAACAGGAAAACAUUGAUGAUGCCGAAUAUGAUUCUAGUAAAUGCGAAGAAGACGAUGACGAUGAAGAGUACAGUAAACUCGAAGAAUUAACCGAUGAUUUUAGUAAACUGGAGGAAGUUGAAAUGGAAUUUGACAAAACGGAUCCUUUGAAUGAAGUUGAACGUCUCAGGACAAAGAGACCGAGAUACGACUCUAUGACAGACGAUGACGAUUUACUGUUCCUUCUUUCCAUGUUGAAGACUUUGCGAAGGGUGCCUUUGAAAAAUAAAAUGGCUACCAGAAUGAAUCUCAUGGCUGUGCUCAAUGAAGCUACAAAGGACCUUGAAACUUAAGUAAAAUAUUUUUCAGAAUUCCCUCAAUUAGACUGGAAUCAAAUUUAUUUUGUUUGUUAAUUGCUGUGUUAUUUUUAGUUUUCUUUGGUUAAGUCCACUAUCAUCUGGAUUUAGUUUUAAAAAGCACACAAUUUGAGUCAGUUGUGUGAUUAAAGUUCUCGUGUUAGCAAUGCGGGAUAUGUCGCGGGGCGCGGGGCGCGGGGCGGAGGAACAGACGGCACUCGGAUCAAAUAUGCAUCAGAACAAAUGCAUUGUGUGCUACGGACUUGCUCACUAAUGUUGAUUUACUGUUGCUUAAGGAAGUUAGAAAAUCCUUUAUUUACGGCAGCUUUUCUGCAAUUGGUUACAUUU